AAGGACUGAUCGAGAAGUAGAAGCUUCAUCCCAAUUUCUUCUCUAAAAGAUACUCCUCCUGCAGCUGCUACAGCCACUGUUCGACUUCUGCUACGAGCUUCCAUUACCCGACCACGGCUCCGGGAAGACAGAAAGAUUGUUUUUUUGGUAGAAAUAGGAAGAAAAAGGGAGAAAGAGAAUCUAGGUUUGUAAAAAUAGGAGACAUUUAAAUAGUUUCUCGCAAAUAUUCUUCUCAAAACUAAAACCCUUCAUCAAGCGAGAAGCGACUCCUCCGAGAGGUGACGACGGUGAACUGCCUAGCGACUGAACUGUGAGUGCAUCGACGACAGUUUGACUUCUCUUCAUUGUCAUGGAAUUUACUUGUUUAAGCAGAGGUGGAUUCUUCUAUUUCCCACCAUGUCAUAUGCUCGAGGUCUGUGGGUUUCGAAUCCAAUUUGACUGCCCUAUGGACUUUUCAGCUCUCCCUAUCUUCUCCCCUGUUCCUCUUGAUUUUGAUGUUAUUUCAGACGAAGAAUUAUCAACUCAUCCGGGCAAUGGUUCUUUCAAUUUGGAAAAUGUAUCUGAGGAAAAAAUUGAAAAGCCACUUGAUGUGGGUUCUUUGAUAAAAGCAGAGCCUUGGUACAAAAUCAUUAAGAACUUGCGCCUCUGGAACCUCUCUUUCACUGAUAUUGUUUUGAUUUCUAGUCCAAUGGGCAUGUUAGGACUUCCCUUUUUGACCCGACAGAAGGGUUUCUCUGCAAAGAUAUAUGCGACGGAAGCAACAGCAAGACUUGGAAAAAUGAUGAUGGAUGACCUUGUUGCAAUGCAUAUGGAAUUCAAACAGUUUUAUGGAUCUGAAGAUGAUGCCACCCCGCAGUGGAUGAGGCAGGAAGAGCUAGAGCUGCUUCAUCAUGCGCUAAAAGAAGUGGCAUUUGGGCAGGACGAAGCAGAUCUUGGCGGUUGGAUGCCCAUGUACAGUGCAGCUGACGUUAAGGAUUGCAUGAAGAAGGUUGAAACUGUUAGAUACGGGGAAGAAGCAUGCUAUAACGGUGCACUAGUUAUAAAGGCACUCAGCUGCGGUCUUGAAAUUGGCGCUUGUAACUGGACCAUUAAUGGCCCAAAGAGAGACAUUGCAUAUAUUUCAAGUUCCAUCUUUUCUUCCUCCAAUGCAAUGAAUUUUGAUUACCUUGCUCUUCAGGGGGAGACAAUUAUUUAUUCUGAUUUCUCAUCUGUGGAAUCUAUGAAUGACAUAUUGAACGAUACAAGUGGCUCACUUACAGAAAACUUAAUGGCGCUCAGUAGAAAUGAGGAAACUCUGGCAAAUUUAUUGAGUGAUCCUGCUGAGAGCGUGGGGGAAUCAGAAAAACUGUCUUUUAUCUGUUCAUGUGCUAUCCAAUCUGUUGAAUCUGGAGGUUCAGUCCUUAUUCCUAUCAAUCGACUUGGUGUAACCCUGCAACUUCUAGAGCAGAUAUCAGCUUCACUAGAUUGUUCAAAUCUGAAGGUUCCUAUAUAUUUGAUUUCUUCUGUAGCUGAGGAGUUGUUGGCAUUAGCCAAUGUUAUACCAGAAUGGUUAUGCAAGCAAAGACAAGAAAAGUUAUUUUCUGGAGAGCCAAUGUUUGCAUUUGUCGAUCUCCUUAAAGAGAAAAAGCUUCACGCCUUUCCUGCAGUUCAUUCACCCAAAUUAUUAAUAAACUGGCAGGAACCAUGUGUUGUAUUUUGUCCUCACUGGAGCUUACGACUUGGUCCGGUGGUCCAUUUGCUUCGACGUUGGUGCGGGGAUCCCAGCUCGUUACUUGUUCUAGAGAAGGGACUUGAUGCUGAGCUUGCUCUCUUACCGUUUAGGCCAAUGAGUAUGAAGGUCCUUCAAUGUGCAUUCCUAUCUGGUAUAAAGUUGGACAAGGUACGACCGUUGCUGAAGGUCUUGCAGCCAAAAGUUGUUAUGCUUCCUGAGAAUUUGAGCCGGCUGAUCAAUACAAAUACAGAAUCAUGCACCGUCUUUUCGUACUCUGAAGGCGAAACCUUACGUGUACCAAACUUGAAAGACAGUUUAGAAUUAGAGAUUGCCCCGGACUUGGCUAUGAGUUUCUGUUGGCGAAAGUUGCAGCAAGGAAAUAUAGACAUCGCAAGGUUGAAAGGAGAGCUCUCAUUAAACUGUGGGAAAUUCAAGUUGUUCCCUGAAAAUGCGCACGUAGCCACAGAUCAGAGGCCACUAAUACACUGGGGUCAGCCAGAUUUGAAAAAGCUUCUGAAUGUGUUAUCAAAAAUGGGUAUUGAGGGAUCUCUGCAGCAAUCCGAUGCCGAGUCGAGCAACGUUGGUGUGAUACGCAUACACGAUCCAACUGAGGCUGUGAUAGAAAUCCAAGAUUCAAGGACUAUAAUUAGUGUUGCUGAUAAGACAUUAUGUGCUCGAAUUUUCGACGCUGUAGAUAGCAUCUUGAAUGGAGUUUAGUAAGGACUCGGCCAUUCUUAGCAAAUGUCACCUUGCAUUGGACGGGCAUGGCAGUAAGAGAUGAAGUUUGAACUGCAAUGGCAUGGCGAAGUUUUGUGUAAAAGAUCCAUUUAUAUGGCUGUGAAUACAACCAAGGGGAACAAAUGAUUCUAGAAAUGUUCAAGGUAGCUUAGGAUUGUAUGUGGCUGUGAUUGAUGAAACUGCAGAUACCUGAAUUUUUGUGUUCAGUGUAAAUUUUGACUAAUUUUGUAAGUUAUUCAAA